AUGUCCCAUAUCAUUCGCGAUGCUCCGGUAGGGGCUAUAAUCCGCUUCGUCACCCGAAACCGCAUGCUGCAAUACCCGGAAGAGAAGCCCGAGUUCCAACUGCCGGAGCCAUGGCAGCGUAUGCUCAACCUAGACGAGCCCACGGACUCCACAAUCCUAGAAGCAGAAGGCGCCGCCUCCUCGAAGUCCUCAGAUACAGGUGGUCCAAAGGACGAGGAAAGCCAAAAGAGAGAAACCAUCGCCGACCCAUCCACCUACGGCAUCUCCCUAACCCGGACCCGCAGCCGCGCCGAGACCCUUCCCAACACAUCAGACCGGUAUGAAGGCGACCAGCAGCACGAAAUAGAAAAGACGAGAUCCAUCCCCGUCGUUCCGCGCCGAACCAAAGACGGGGCCAUUCUAGUUGACUGGUACUACACCGACGACCCCGAGAACCCGCAUAAUUGGUCCAAUCUGCGCCGGGGCAUGGUGGCACUGAUUAUCUGUCUGUACACGUUCGUCGUGUACACAUCGUCGGCUAUCUACGUCACGUCCGUGGAAGGCGUGAUGAAAGAGUUCGGGGUGGGUCUCACACAGGCCUCGCUCGGCUUGGCGCUUUUCGUACUGGGUUAUGGUAUCGGGCCGUUGCUCUUCAGUCCCCUGAGUGAGUUGCCCAGCGUGGGAAGGAACCCGAUCUAUAUUUACACCAUGUUUCUCUUUGUUAUCGUUUCGAUCCCUGCGGCGCUGGCGACCAACUUCCCCGGGCUCAUGGUCUUACGCUUCCUUCAGGGGCUGUUUGGCUCUCCCUGUCUGGCGAAUGGGGCAGCCUCGUUGGGGGAUAUGUACUCGAUGAUGAGCCUUCCCUACGCGCUUGUGAGCUGGGUUACUGCCGCAUACAAUGGCCCUGCCUUGGGUCCUUUGCUUUCCGGAUUCUCGGUGCCUGUUAAGGGCUGGCGAUGGUCUCUUCUCGAGGUGCUGUGGGCAUCAAUCCCUAUCUUCAUCGUCAUGUUUCUUUUCCUCCCCGAGACAUCAACCCCUAACCUUCUCCUCCGCCGGGCCGAGCGUCUGCGCAAGCUCACGGGUUCAAACCGCUUCAUGUCGCAGUCCGAGAUCGACCAGCGGGACCUUGAUCGCCGAGCCGUCAUCGUGGACGCCCUCAUCAAGCCGCUGGAGAUCACUAUCAAGGACCCUGCUAUCCUCUUCGUCCAGCUUUAUACCGCUAUAAUUUACGGCAUCUAUUACAGCUUUUUUGAGGUCUUCCCGCUUGUCUACCCCGUAUACUACGGCAUGGGAUAUGGUCAAGUUGGCCUCGUUUUCCUCUGUGUCCUUGUGGCGUGUCUGAUCGGAGUCGUUGUUUAUGUGUCGUAUUUGUACUUCUACAUGAACCCCCGAAUCGUUGCCAAAGGAUUCCCCAUCCAGGAGACCCGACUGAUCCCUGCACUUGGCGCCGCUUUCGGUCCAACCAUCGGCCUCUUCAUCUUCGCAUGGACGGCACGGCCUGAUAUCCACUGGAUUGCUCCCACUAUCGGUAUCACCAUCUACGGUGCCACGGUGUUCGUCGUAAUGCAGUGUAUCUUUGUAUACGUGCCUCUUAGCUACCCUCAAUACGCCGCCAGCCUGUUUGCCGGUAACGAUUUCUUCCGCAGUGCCCUUGCUUUUGCUAGCAUCUUGUUUGCCAAGCCUCUGUUUGAUAACCUUGGCGUGGCUAGAGGAACUAGUUUGCUGGGAGGCUUGAGCACUAUUGGCAUUGUUGGUAUCUGGAUUCUGUAUUUUACUGGGGCUAGGUUAAGGAGCAUGAGUAAGUUUGCUGUUUCUGCCGAGUAG